AUGUUUGUCUGCUUGGGCCGCCUUGGAUCAAUUGAUGCAUCAGCUGUAAUACCAGACCCAACAACUGUAUCUCGUAAAAUUCAUUCAUUAGCUGAUGACCAACGUAAAAAGCUGAACGAAUCGACUGCUUUUAUGUUAAAGAACAUAAUGGUGUUUGGUUUGACCCUCGAUUAUUGGAAAAAUAGUUACACAGGUCACAGUUAUUUAACAAUAAAUAUGUAUUUUUCAAAAAAUGGAGAUAUGAAGUCAAUUAUGUUAAAGACAAUGUUGUUUACUGCGGCGAAAACAGGCGAAAAUACGAAAAAAACAUCAGGAGAAGAUGAUUAUAUGCUAGGAAUUGAUAAACGUUUUGUUAACGAAGUUAUGACAAUAUUAUCUCAGUUUAAAACAGCGAGUGAACAAUUAUCCGCUGAUCAUGAGCCGACACCCCAUCUUGUUGUUCCUUGGUUUUGUAAACUCAAAUCGUUUUGUGCAGAUAAAAACAGUGAUACAUUGACGAUUCAUGGAUUCAAAAAAGCUUUGCGCCAGAAGCUAGAUGGCAAGAUAUGGCUUACGUCUUUGCACUACUCUGCAACUUUUCUUCAUCCUACCACAAAAGCACUUUCAACAUUAACAAAACGUGAACGUGAAGAAAUAUUAGCCGAUACACGAAAACUUAUUGUCACAUUGCAAAUUCCAAAAUCGGAUCACGAGAACAUAAAACAAGCUCCAAAAUCAAAGCGGUUUAAGAAAGAUUUAAUAACAGUGAAUGCUGUUUUAAAAGAAUUCGCUUGCCAGGAUGAUCAGGAAAUAGAUGAAGAAGAACAAGAUGAAGUAGCUGAAUAUUCGAGAGCAACAUUACGUUUUAGCUCUGAAGAAGCGGUAAAGUCGCGUUUUGCCAAUAGACAUUCGCCAUAUUGGCGAUUGGCGAAUGUCUCAUAG